GCUGUCAAUUCCUCUUGAUCCCGUAGUUUUCUCCCCUCCGUUGAAAAUAACCUUUCGUCCCAAUCCACAUUUACUUUACCACUUGAUCAAACAUGUCCUCUCAAACCGUAUUCCAAUCUACUCCAAGCUCUAACAGCAUCGUCGAUGCCAAUAACGUGCAGGGCGACGUUGUCAUUGGACUCAUCAAGCGUGUCGAAUGUUUUUUGUUUUUGACACUGAAGGAUGACAAUGAGUCUCGACUAGCCUUCCGUCGAACAUUGAAAGACAAGCUUCUGCCUCUGAUCACCACCACUCAACAAGUCCUCGAAACUCAACGGAAGAUAGAUGAGAGCAAACGUCAAACCAAGCCCGGCCAGCCUAAGAAGAUCUUACCGAUCACUCAGUUCAAUAUUGCCUUCAGUGCAUCUGGAUUAAAGAAAUUAGGAGUCGGUGAUACUGAGAUCCCCAGUGACAAUGCUGCUUUCAUUGCCACUCAAAAGUCUGAUGCAGUGACGAAUCUCGGCGACCCUGUUGAUUCAAAGGGUCAAAAGCUCUUGACCUGGUCCCCUGAUUUUCUUCAACACUCUAUAGACGCUGUGAUCUUGAUUACUGCUCCGGACCAGGAGUCAUUAUGUCGUAAGAUCGACGAAAUCAAGACCAUCGUUAAAGAUUCUAUAUCUCGUCAAUUUUCACGCACUGGAAAUGUCCGACCUGGUUCUGAAGCUGGGCAUGAGCAUUUUGGCUUUCUGGAUGGUAUCUCGACUCCGAAAAUCAAGGGCUUCAAUUCUACCCAAGCGGACGAGCAAGCCGGCGUUGUAAACCCGAGUGUGAUCUUAGUUGGGCACCCGGAUGAAACCAACCCAUCAACUACAUCACCAGCAUGGAUGAAAGACGGAUCCUUCCUUGCUAUACGUGAGCUUCAGCAACUCGUCCCAGAAUUUCAAAAGUUCUGUGAUGAGACUGCGAAGAAGAACCCGAUCCCCGGUGUCACUGGUGAAUUCAUUGGUGCGAGAGUCGUUGGACGCUGGAAAUCGGGUGCCCCCCUCACUCUUGCGCCGAUUGAGGAUAACUCAAAGCUGAUUGGAGCUCAAAACUUCGAUUAUGCGGACGAGCUGGAGCAACAGCGCUGCCCAUACGCUGCCCACGUUAGAAAAACGAAUCCUCGAAAAGGCUUUGCCGGGUUUGAACCCGAAACCGCUGUCUUGCCGCACCUCAUGGUCAGAAAUGGGAUACCCUACGGUCCCGAAUUGACUAAAGAAGAAAUUGAGGAAAAGCAAACAAAACACAAUCGAGGCCUUUUGUUUGUAUCUUACCAAAGCAAGAUAGAGAACGGGUUCCAGUUUGUACAAAAGUCUUGGAGUAACAAUGUCGACUUCCCCAUCAAGAACCCUGCAAAGGUGACUCCGGGUUUUGAUUUACUCAUUGGACAAAGCGGCAAUGGAGGUCCUCGCACUGCGCAGAACAUUACUUCUAAUGGGAUGGCAGGAGAGACUGAUCCAAACAACGUCAUUACCGCUCCGACCGAGUUCAUCAAAACCUUGGGUGGUGAAUAUUUCUUCUCGCCGUCGAUUGAAGCAAUCAGAACUAAGUUAGGCGCUUAGGUCGUGCGUGGAAAACUCAAGUACAUCAUAUUAACCCAGCCAUCAUCUUUUUUACAGCCUGCUCCAAGUUUUCUCACACAUGAUCAAUGUGCAAUCUUGUCUGAACCAUAUUUCUCCAUGAGUGAGAUUUUGGUGUGUAUUAUUAUGUGUUGUUUUGUACCUUUUUGUUAGGAUAGCCCUGUGUUCAUUGUGACUAUGUAUUGUGAGAAAUAUGCCGCAAAGAACUUCAGGAUUCAUGCCUUUUUCUGAGU